GCGGCUGGACUUGCAAGUGUGGCAUCAAGUGUGCACCCUGGUCCUGGUCAUGCUCAGCAUGUGGCGAGUCAUGGGAUCAGCGAAAGCGUGGCAGAUCACAGCCCAGGACAGUGCAAGGCAGGCCGCAGUCAAGGAGCGCCAGGUCAACCAGCUCAUCGGCAGGAUACCGCCAGCAUUGCACAGUCAGGCAGUGGCUCAUCCUAUAUGGCAGGAGUGGCAGCCACCGCCAGACCACACGGGCAUCAAGGCCUACAAGGACAAGCUCAGGACCAAGCUCGAGGCGCUGGGCAGCAUCUGCCUGGCCACGCAGAAAGCCGGUAAGAGCGACGAGGAAACAAAAGCAGAAAUGGCGGUCCUCAAGCAUUGCGCCAACCUGCUCAAGCCGCUCAGCCAGCAGCGCAACGAGGCAGUCCAGCGCAUAAAAAACGUGGAGAUAGCGCUCAAAGGUACCAGGGACCGCCAGGCACUCAUGGAGACCCAGGAGAUGGAGCAGAUCGAGCAGCUGGACGAGCUAAAGGAAGCCCUCUCGGAUAUCGACGACUGCAUUCACCAGGAGAUGAUGGACUUGCAGCCCGCGGUGCAGACGGGCGACAACGGUGCCACAAUGCAAGUCGACAACACGGGCCAGGUUCAGCAGAUGUACGUGCAGCAGCAGCAGAUGCAGGAUACCAUCUUUCAGCCCCAGAGGGUCAUCCAGGCCAACGGCAUCUCGCUUGGGCCGCA